UUCGCGGCGAGCCGCCGUUGCUAUGGUUACCGCUUCGCUAGUGGCUGGCUGGUGGCUGGUGGCGGCUGCUGUGAUUGGCAACGGCGUCAGAGCUGCAAGCAGUCAGACGAACAUAAGCAUCACUUUAAAUGCAACUCGUGAUGAGGAGACGCGAUCUGGUGGGCUGCCGACUACUGUGCCUCCGGUGUCUUCUGAAAUUAGCGGUGCUCCACACAAGCCGGCCCGUGCCGCCACCAACCAUGCUUUUCUGCCGCCACCUCGUGCACCGCGCGAAGCGACCAAUCAAACACAGCCAUCAGAGGACACGUCAGAUGACGUCACCCUUCGGGAAUCGGCGCCGGUUAAGACGACAGAUAACGUCACGAGUCCUAGAUCGGUUUCAGCUGAGGACAUCGCAGACCCAGAAUUGGGAUUGUCGUUGAAAGGGAGGAAUGACUCAAUUGAGUCUCGGCCCUCAAGAACGACACAGCCAGAGAUGGCCUCCAACGGCACAGCCACAGGAGCCCAUCCUGACAGCGUCACGGGGGCCGAGGUAGCCUCUGGCAAGGACGAGGCAGUCGGCGCCAGUACAGCCCCCAGCAUCAACAGAACUUGUCCAGACGGGCCAGCUCAUGGAAAUACAUCAGCCGCCACCAAUGACAACACACCAGGCACCAACAGAACAUGUGCAGACGGGUCACCUGACGGAAAGACGUCAGCCGCUACCAAUGACGUCAAAACGGGACUUCCCGGUCAAAACCCAGCCAUCGUGCCCAAGAGCAAGCAGAACGCCAGUGAGUCGCAACCAACGCCAAUGGAAGAAUCAAAGCACAACCUGAAUGGAACCAAGCCGACCUCAAAACUGUCAAACCUCAUUCGUCAGUUUGAGGUCGCGGUGCCGCGGAACGCAACCAGCACCAGCAGCUUUUGGAAGCGCAUGUUCGUGAGACCGGGGCCGAAAGUGCUGAAACGCGCCCAGAAGAGCCAGAAGAGACCACGACGCCGAAGAACUCGCUACGAUGGCCGCACAACGAUCCGUCUCGGCUAGCGAAGGUGGCACGCGGUCAAAGGCUGCAGAGCGUCGCGUCCUCGGUCGAUAGGCGGUAGCGUAUC